UAAAGUACAUUGUGUACAGUUUUAUAUACAAUUCGAUGAGUGUUCGAUCUGAUAGUAAAGUGACUGGUUUUUCCAUUUGAUUCAAUUUUAUGGGCGCAUUAAUUAAUAUUUCUCACGCAGUCUUACAGUCCGAGCCGAUUCUGUUGUUAAUAUCAUUUAAUCUUAUCAUACGAUAAUGGCAAACAAUGAAGAUAACAAGAGUGAAGGUUCGGCUGAAGUCGAGGAGGAGAAUGAGAAUGCGAAUAAUGAGAACGAAGAGCCAGAGAAAAUUCUCAUCAUUGAUCCAGACAGUGAAGAACUUGAUUUCAAUCACUCGAGAUUGACCAAGUUAGAGAACUUGGAACCGUUGAGGAAAAUACAUAGACUGUGUUUUACGUGGAAUCUGAUUAAGAAGAUCGAGAACCUUGAUACCCUUACAACUUUGGUCGAGUUGGAAUUAAGGGACAAUCAAAUUGUUACUAUAGAGAAUUUGGAUGCUCUCGUGAAUCUGGAACUGCUAGACAUAUCUUUCAAUCGAAUUAAGAAAAUAGAGGGUUUAGAGAACUUGGGAAACUUGCAAAAAUUGUUCCUCUCGUCGAACAAGAUUCAGUCAAUCGAGAACGUGUCGCAUUUGAAGAAGCUCACGACUCUAGAACUGGGUGAUAACAAAAUAAGGCAGAUAGUAAAUCUUGAAGGUCUUGAGAAUUUAACUAGCCUGUUUCUUGGUAAAAACAAAAUAACGAAAAUCGAAAAUCUGGAGCAUCUACAGAAUCUCCAGUUGUUAAGUCUCCAAAGUAAUAGAAUUACAAAAAUAGAGAACUUGGAGGAGCUAAAGAACCUGGACCAGUUGUAUAUAUCUGAAAAUGGAAUUACUUGUGUCGAAGGAUUGUCGAACUGUCCAAAAUUAACCACGCUGGAUGUGGCAAAUAAUAAAAUAAAAAAGAUAACGAAUGUCGAUCAUCUAGAAAACUUAGAAGAGUUAUGGAUAAACAAUAACGAGAUUGAAGAAUGGACAACCGUCGAGAAUUUAGCGCUUAACAAGAAAUUACAGACUGUUUAUUUAGAACACAAUCCCGUUGCCAAAGAUCCAAAUUACAGAAGGAAAAUCAAAUUAUUGCUGCCAUGGCUUGUCCAACUAGACGCGACACUUUGCAGAUAGACAACAUAAUUUCUACGACGAUCACUUUAUAACAAUAUUUUGAAGUAUACUGAUAUUGUCGCUUACGUAUUUUUAGAAUUGCUCAAAAAGGAAUAUUAUUUUCAGUAAAGAGAUUAGAAAUAUACGAUCGACCUUUCGAACGAGAGAGGUGCGACAGAAUUACAUUUCGAUAAAGAGUGCAUUCCCCUUUUUUACAUUUUACACUUUACAAUUUACCGAUAAUUACGUGAAUGGCAAAGUUACAUUAAGUGAGAACGAAGUUCUCAAAGAAUCGACACAAACACCGAGUUGUCACGUCUAUUACUAAUAUGUCAAUAUUUUACGACGAACUUCUAUAAUUUUAAAUCGAAACCUGAUCCGUUCCCCCUGUCUCUGCAUAAUUUUAUCUGACAAUAGUUAAAUUGAGGAUAUCUUUUUAUCUUUCGUUAAACACUCGUCAAGCAAAAUAAUGUAAGUAAAUUGAGACACCGUUUCCUUUGCAAUUGAUUUUAUAUGCGAAUAUUCUCUUCCAUUAUAUACAUAGCGUUACACAUUUGAAAAUGUAAUUUUAUGCUUACUGAUAUGUACAUGUGAAAUAUAUCAAGAUUAUAUAAAUGUACUUGCUGAA